CAUUUCCAUGAGAUGGCCGGAGAGUCCAGGGAACCCGGAGCGGGGUGGUGAGUAGCGCUGGGGGAAAAUGGAAGUGUUUGGAGACAAGUAAAGUUGCCUUUCAAGCUCCGACCUCCAGGGCGAGCGAUGCUCCGCGGGGCGAACUCAGAGCCGCCUGGGCCUCCCUGCCGCCGACGUGGAAGCCAUGCAAGUCCCGUCUGUCACCUGGGUCCCCGCAGCCGAGCCGGAGUGGGGAGAGGCGAGAAAGCAGCGCCCUCCGUGUGGCACGACCCACCACGCGGGCCAGGAAGAACGGGGAGAGCUGGGCGGUGGCUCGGGCCAAGUCCUACACCUAGUGCUUCUGCUCUUAAAUAGUUUGAGGGGUUUUUAACGCAAAGCGCCGCAACGCCAGGAGUUCCCAUAUGUGCUCAGUCUGCCCUUGGCAUCCCGGGGUCCAGGAAACUCCUCCGGUCUGCCCAGCGCUGGGGGCUGGGUCUCCCGCUCACACGGCGGGGAGAGGAAACUUGGCGGGUCCGGUGCGGGUGUGCAGCCAGCCGGGCCCGGGGGACGCCGUCCCAGGGCAGACCCUCCCUCUCGCCUCUUUAGUUGCCACCGGAGCUGCGAUUCGCUUUUGUCUUUAAGCCGGUGCGGCCAUUGCCCCGGAGCCCCCGCACACGCGCACGCCUCCCGGGCCGCGCUCACCGCACUCACACACACGCACGCACGCACGCACACGCGUGUCGGCCAGCAGGUCCGCAACUUUGUGGGGCGCACCCCGCGGAGCUCGGCGCGGAGUAGUUGGGCGCAGGCCCCGCCCCCCGGCCGUGUUGUCAAACGGGCCGGGGUCUCGGAUUGGUCCAGCGGCCGGGACAACACCUGCUCGACUCCUUCAUUCAAGUGACACCAGAGCUUCCAGGGAUAUUUGAGGCACCAUCCCUGCCGUCGCCGGGCACUCGCGGCGCUGCUGGCGGCCUGGUCACAUGCUCUCCGGGGAGCUCCGGGAGGGCGCCGGGUAACCUCUAUCCAGCCUCGGCCGCGAGGAGGAGGGAGAAGGCGAGCGAGCAGGGAAAGUGGGAGGAGGAGGGGAAGCGGCGAAGGAGGAGGAAGGGGGGGAGGGGAGCACAAAGAUCCCAGGUCUCCGGCCGGGAGGUUUACCCCGAGGACGAUGUGUGCCGAGCGGCUGGGCCAGUUCGUGACCCUGGCUUUGGUGCUGGCCACCUUUGACCCGGCGCGGGGCACCGACGCGACCCACCCGCCCGAGGGGCCGCAGGACAGAGGCUCCCAGCAGAAAGGCCGCCUGUCCCUGCAGAACACAGCGGAAAUCCAGCACUGCCUGGUCAGCGCUGGCGAUGUGGGCUGUGGCGUGUUUGAGUGUUUCGAGAACAACUCGUGUGAGAUCCGGGGCUUGCAUGGGAUUUGCAUGACUUUCCUGCACAACGCUGGAAAAUUUGACGCCCAGGGCAAGUCCUUCAUCAAAGACGCCCUGCGCUGUAAGGCCCACGCCCUGCGGCACAGGUUCGGCUGCAUCAGCCGGAAGUGCCCGGCCAUCAGGGAGAUGGUGCUGCAGCUGCAGCGGGAAUGCUACCUCAAGCACGACCUGUGCGCGGCCGCCCGCGACAACACCCGCGUGAUGGUGGAGAUGAUCCACUUCAAGGACCUGCUGCUGCGCGAGCCCUACGUGGACCUGGUGAACCUGCUGCUGACCUGCGGGGAGGAGGUGAAGGAGGCCGUCACGCACAGCGUGCAGGCGCAGUGCGAGCAGAACUGGGGCAGCCUGUGCUCCAUCCUCAGCUUCUGCACCUCGGCCCUGCAGAGGCCGCCCACGGCGCCUCCCGAGCGCCACCUGCAGGCGGACCGGGCCAAGCCCUCCCGCGCCCACCACGGGGACGCGGGCACCCGCCUCUCGGAGCCCAGCAGCAGGGAGACCGGCCGAGGUGCCAAGGGCGAGCGGGGCAGCAAGAGCCCCCCAAACGCCCACGGCCGGGGCCGAGCGGCCGCCCACGGGGCCCAGGGAACUUCUGGGAGCAGCGAGUGGGAGGACGAGCAGGCCGAGUAUUCUGACAUCCGGAGGUGAAACCAGAGGCCUGGCUGGGAGACCGUUCCUCCACGCCGUCCAUUUUCUUCUCUGUGGACAUUCCAGAACAUUUGCCAUUGCAGAGGGGGAUGCCCCGCGCAGGAUCUGGAGGGGACUGCGGACUGGAUGCAGGUGUGUGUUGGCGGCAUGAACAGGUGCGGUGGAGACUCCCCAGGCGGCGGCGAGGUCCGGCGGGGCCCACACUUGCGCCUUGAGAAGCGAGAGCGCCACGUGCGCUCCCUGUGGCUUUGUCUUCUCUCCAUCCGUGGAGCACUGGGCGCGACCUGCGGCUUCCUCUGCUGGGGGUGGCGGUGGGCACCCCCGCCCCACCCCCCGGGGCUGGAUCGGGCACUUGGGAGGCAGCGGAUUCCAGUGCAGGAAUGGACCUGAAGAUCUCGCAGGGGCUGAGCAGGGUGGAGAGGAGGCAGGGGCCGUGUGGGUGCCGGGUGCCAAGUGGAAGUGGAGUUUCUUGCAUGGGACCUGGAGGUUUGGAGCUGCUUUCCGGGAGGGGAAGGCGGGAGGGUGAGGGUUCUAAGUGUACCUUCUGAGCCAUUGUUCUGACUGGGGCACCCUGUCCGAGGGCGUGGCCCCUGUGUGUGUGUAUUUUAACCACUGCUUCGAGUCUCGAUGUCACUUUUUAUUUAUCUAGUUACGGCUACAUAUCUGUCAUCUAAAUAAAUGGCUUUCAAACCAAGCAACUGGGUCAUUAAAACCAGCUCAGAGGAAAAACAAACAAGAGGCGCAGCCCAUCUUUGGGGCUGGUUGGUGUGUGUUUGUUUAAGUGCUAUUUUAAAAGGAACUCCAGAGCCACGUCACUGUACAUCUUACUGCCUGGUGGGGCUCGUAACCACUCAGGGCGAACCCCACACACGGAGAAUCUGCCCUCAGCAUCUCGGCAUCUCCCCGGGACCCCCGCCAGCCUGGAUGCCGGGAGGCCACGCUGCGAAGCUGGCCCCUCCACGCUGGAGGAUGGACUCGCUAAUUCCCAUCAGGGAACACCGGCCUUUCACACACACGGAGGGGCGGCCAAGCAUUUGGAGGGCCAGGGCUCUCCAGAUCUGGAUUGGCCGUGUUGCAGCGAGGAAAGGAGGCAGUGUGGACCGAAGACAGGCAGGGAGGAGGGCAGAACCGAAACUCCCCGGAGGAAUGGAUCAGAACCGUCUCUUGCAGUUGCUUCCAGUGUUUCAGACAGAGCCCUUAUCUUUCCUCUGCGGACGGGCGAGAAUGAAAGGGUGUCCCUUCAGCAGCCAGCCCUCCACCAGGAGCCCCGCUGGCAGGCAGGGGGCAGGGUUCUGGGCCAGUCCUUCUAGAGCAGGUCGCAAGCCUUUUCUGGACAGAUCCCGAGAGGCAAUACCCUGAUCUCAGCUUGGCGGGGCUGCGGGUUUCUGUCGCCGCCUCUCAGCUCUGCCACGUGGCACGAAAGCAUACAUACCCGGUCGACACAUCGCAGGCUGGGCUCCGCGCCAACACCGUGCAACAGGCGCCCAACUGGAUCCGGCUCGUGGGCCUGGGUUGGCGGACCCCUGUUCCAGUGAACGAGCAAAAAAACAUGCAUCCCCCGUUUCUGUCAGCUCCCAGCUCGCCCUGCAAGCAGCUAAGGCCAGAGAUAAGCAAACUAAAUGGACCCACUCCAAAGUGACUGGCUGCAGGGAACGCCCUAACCCAGAGCACAGCUCGCGUUUUUGACCCCGAUCACUGCUGCCGGGACUCGGUGCCGGAGGGUCAACCCCCCCCCCAUCUUUUAUGACCCGUGUUGGGUGUUUGUUGGGGGGAGGGGGGCGAAUUGCUGGAGAGAAAGAGCUGGAGCUGCAGAAAGCAGAGGCGAUGGUGCACUUAAUCCGGCUCUGCCCGCGGGCGGGGGGAGGACCGGUGUGUCAGGCUCUGCCAUGGGAACCGAGCGUAAACCGUGGCCGGCUCAUGCCACGGGCCCGGCAGCACGCUGACUGUGCUCCUUACGUCACCGGGAGCUGAGGCAGCGCCUUCUCCCUCGCUGCUGGGUCAGCUGUUCAUUUGUCCGCCGGCGGCUGGGCUGGACGUGCGGAGGCAUCACUUGGCCCUUCCCCUCGGUGUCGACGUGUCACGUGCGGCUUCGAUGGUGAACAUCUGCCGUGUGUAUGUACGGCCUCGGUGUCUUCCCCCGAAGGUGUGACGUCGCUCACUGUGUUCCCCUCGACCCCUGCACCGAUCUCUGCUGUCUGUUCUUCCUGCCGCUGGUGUCUUCCGGCUCCACGGCCGGGUGGCCAGGCUUUCACUCUGGUUCCUCAGGCUUUGAGGCCGCUGAUAGUAUCUAUGGCGAAGGUUCCUCUGCUCAAAACCGACGGAAGUCCGAAUUCCCGUGAGCGCCGGCAGACAGGCGUGUGUGUGACAGAGACGUCAGCAAAGCCGUCAUUAAAAACAGAGCCGGCGCCGGGGCUCCAGGCUCCGGACGUCAGACGAAUCUUCUCCGAGCCCCUCGGAGGAAGGAUGUGAUUUCCAAAUAAAGACGCGAGUUUAUUUUGAGCGCUGCACCCUGACGGGAUGAGCUGAACACCUCUCCUUUGUGUCGACCAAGAGCCCUGUUCUGAAAGCAGAUGGACGACUGAAUCACCUGGAAGGCUGGCACCCGGCGCUAAAGAAACAGCACCGUCCCGGACCUGCAGCGACCUCCCGGCACAGAGACCUGUGAAGGCCACCACGGGAGGCUCCGCCGGCACAACCGGGCAAACGGUGCUCCCGGCCCGUUUCCCGAGGAAGAGCCGCAGAACCGGCACCACGCGCCCCGCUGCGUCCCCAUGUCUGUGUCGGGUCUGGAUUCGGGCAGCAGGGCCUGGACACGGGCACACGGCAUGGUUUCCUCGGAGCAGCAAUAAAGGGUUCAGAUAAAUGGC